GAAAUAGAGGGAGUAGCAAAGUUAAGAGAGAGAGAGAGAAAUAGAAAAAAAAAUUAAGCAUGUCCAUGUCAGCUUGGGGUCCUCUUAUAAGUCGUCUCCUCCAAACCCUCCUCGCCUCUCCAUCCUGGAGCCACAGCCUUCUCCCCUAUUCUUAGCCCGCCUCGCCGCCUACGUCCCGGCGCGCGCGCGGCCGGCCGUCGUACAAACCCGCGCCCCCUGCCCCCCGCCAUUGCCGCCGGCGGCCACCCAUGGACAUCGACCUCGACCGGGCGCGCGCCCUGCGCGUCCUCGGCCGAGGCGCCAUGGGCACCGUCUUCCUCGUCGAGGCCCGGUACGGCGGCUUCCGCUACGCCCUCAAGGUGUUCGACAAGCGGUCCGCCGCGGCGACCAGGCACGACGCCGAGCGCCGCGCGCGGUGGGAGCUGUCCGUGCUCUCCCGCCUCGCGCACCCGCACCUCCCGUGCCUCCUCGGCUCCGCCGAGACGCCCGGCCUCCUCGCGUGGGCCGUCCCCUACUGCCCCGGCGGCGACCUCAACGAGCUCCGCUACGCGCUCCCCGACCGCGUCUUCUCCCCGGCGGCGAUACGCUUCUACGUCGCCGAGAUCGUGUCCGCGCUGUGCGAGCUCCACGCGUCGGGCGUGGCGUACCGCGACCUCAAGCCCGAGAACGUGCUCCUCCGCGCCGACGGCCAUGUCACCCUCACCGACUUCGACCUCUCCCGCCUCCUCCCUCCCAAGACGGCGGCGCCGUCGUCCGCGUCGCCGCCGCCGCGCAUGUUCCAGGGCGGCGGCCACCGCCCGCGCGUCUCGGCGAGGAGCGAGAUCCCUCUCUUCAGCCAUGCCACCAAGCCCGACCCCUCGCCGCCGGCGGCGAACCCGUCGGCGAAGCAGCAGCUCCAGAGCCUGGUCCGGUUCAUCAUGAAGGGCGACAGGAGCGAGCUGUCCAAGAAGGCCAAGUCGGCGCGGGUGUCGCCGGUGAGCCGGAAGCCGGCGAGCUUCGCGUCGUCGUGGGGGAAGUCGUUCUCGUUCGUGGGCACGGAGGAGUACGUGGCGCCGGAGAUGGUGAGGGGCGAGGGCCACGGGCUCGCCGUCGACUGGUGGGCCGUCGGCGUGCUCGCCUACGAGAUGGCGUACGGGCGGACGCCGUUCAAGGGCAAGAACCGGAAGGAGACGUUCCGGAACGUGCUCCUCAAGGACGUGGAGUUCGCCGGCGACAGCCGCCGCCGGCUGCCGGAGCUCACCGACCUCAUCUCGCGGCUGCUGGAGAGGGACCCCAGGAAGAGGCUGGGGUACCAAGGCGGCGCCGACGAGGUCCGAGCUCACCCGUUCUUCGCCGGCGUGGCGUGGGACAUGCUCGACGUGGUGUCCCGGCCGCCCUACAUCCCGCCGCCGGCUGACGACGGCGACGAGGUAGUCGGCGACGGAGAAGACUUCAGCAUAAGAGAAUACUUCGAUAAGCUUCACCAGCCGCCGCCGCCGGAGUCGGAGAGCUCCUCGUCGGAGUUCUCGUCGGAGUUCUAAUCUAUCUAACGUGGCUGCUGCCUCUGUACUCCUCCUACCUUUUCUUUGGGUCAUUUUUCGGUUUGGUCCUCGUUAGGUUACUAUUUUGUAACGAAGGGGCUGAGGGUGCGUGUAUAUACGUGGAGAGGGGCGGCAAUGUAAAUUCGGUGUAGAGGCUGUGGAGAUGUGCAAAACAACAUUUUUGGAGGGCUGUCGCACGUGCACGUUUCUGUAUGAGGCUGUCCAAGCCAUUUUUUUUCUGUAUUUUUCUCGUGUCCUUUUUUCAGUGCCUGGCAGAAGAAUUUACCAAAAUUGUCACACUGACAGAAAAAAGCCUAAUAGUAAAGAAUUUUUUUUCUCAA